CAAAGGCUGAAGAAUUUGCAACAUCUACUUCUGGUAGAUCUUAUGAUGUAUUUAUUAAUCAUCGCGGUCCCGAUGUCAAACAUACACUAGCCACUGCUCUCUAUAAAAUGCUUACCAGUGGCAUGGGACUGAACGUUUUUCUGGAUUCAGAAGAACUUGAAUUAGGGGAUCACUUCCCUACAGAAAUAGAGGCAGCAAUAAAGAGUGCAUCGCUUCAUAUUGCUAUAUUUUCUGAGAAUUAUUCACAAUCACGUUGGUGUUUAGAAGAGCUGUCAUUUAUGUGCAGAACAGGCACUAAAAUUGUUCCUAUUUUCUACCAUGUGAAGCCUGAAGAUGUCCGAUAUGCAAAAGGAGUGUAUGCGGCUGCAUUUGAACGGCACAAAAAGAAGGGAAGAUACACCCUCGAAAAGCUUCAGGAGUGGAAGGAUGCACUCUUCACUGUUUCCAAUAAUAUAGGUCACAUCGUUAAUGACAAGAAAGAUGAGGAGAUGCUGCUGAAGAAUAUUACUUAUUGUGCUCUCAGAGAGCUUAAAAAGUUACCAUUAGUUGUAGCAGAAUAUCCCGUGGGUUUAGAUGAAAUUGUAAAAUAUUUUGAACUGACAACACUUCAAUCUGAUGAAAGUCAUUAUGGCGUGCAAAUGGUGGGAAUAUGGGGCAUGGGUGGUUCUGGAAAGACUACUCUUGCUAAAAAGUUAUAUAAUAACAUAUAUCCAUUCAUGGAGAAGGCAAGUCUUAUAUUAGAUGUUAGAGAUGCUGCUAACAAAAACUUGUUGGGCAAGAAGCAGGAAAAGCUUCUGAAGGAUCUUGGUUUUAAAGGUGUAUCAGUUGAAAAUAUAGAAGAGGGGAAGGCAAUUCUUACAAGCUACUUGAGGUCUUUUCGAGCACUAAUUGUUCUCGAUGAUGUUGAUCAUGUGGACCAGUUGAAUGCUUUAUUGCCUGCCAAAAAUAGCCUAGGAUCUGAAAGUUUAGUUGGAUCUGGUAGUUUGAUUAUCAUCACUACAAGGGAAUUACAAGUCCUUAAAAAAUGGGGCAUCUCCUCCCACUAUAAAAUGAAACCACUCAGUGCUGUCCAUGCCAAGAAACUUUUUUGUUGGCAUGCUUUCAUACAACCAUCUCCAAUGAAUGGUUUUGAAGAGCUUGUUGAAAAGUUUUUACAAGCUUGUAAUGGGUUGCCGCUGUCUCUCAAAGUCCUUGGUGGACAGCUUUACAAAAAGCAAAGCAAAGAUUACUGGAAUAGUCAAUUACAGAAGAUCUCUAGGAUAGUACCUGAAGAUAUCAAGGAGAGGCUUAAAAUCAGUUAUGAUGUACUAGAUAAUGAAGAGAAAGAGGUAUUCUUGGAUUUGGCAUGCUUCUUCAUUGGAGAGGAAAGCAAUUUGGUUAUUGAAUUAUGGAAUGGUUCAGGGUGGAGUGGAUCAUGCAUGUUGGAGAUACUAAGGAAUAAGUGUCUUGUUGAAGUAGAUGAGGAGAAUUUCAUAAGAAUGCAUGACCAUUUAAGAGAUUUGGGUAGGGAAAUUGCAAAUGAACAAUCACCUUACCGUCUCUGGUCUCCCCAACAAAAUAUUAAAAUUUAUGAUAAACAGAAUGGAAUAGGCAUUCGAGGAAUAAAGGCCACCUCUGCGGAAGAGUUUGGUGAUUGUGCCUCGCAAGCGGAACUCAAUGUUAACACUACCAGAGGAAUUUGGAGCCUGGCGCCUUCUAGACUUGGACUGAAAUUUAUUGUGGCUCAUGGUUGUAACUUAAAUCAAGUAAUUAGUGAAGUGUCAGGAGAUUUGGUCUGGCUUCGCUGGUCUGAUAGUGGGCAGACAAAUCUUCAAUCACUACUUCCACUGAAAAAAAUGAGGGUUUUAGAACUGUAUGAACGUGGGAGUCAGACAAGCAUUCAAUUACGUGAGCUUUGGGUGUCUGAGUCGGAAGUAAGCAUUUUUUGGCUGUUUUAAA